GGAACAGACAAGGGAAAAUCAAGCAGGCUUUAGACCAGGUAGAGGGUGCAUAGAUCAUAUCUUCACUCUUCGACAGAUUCUAGAACAUAGACACACUUUUCGGCGUCCAACAAUUGCCAUAUUUCUUGACUUGAAGGCGGCCUUCGACUCAGUGGAUCGAAAGGUACUAUGGCAAUGUCUGACUGUGAAGGGAGUGCCAAGAAAGUACGUUGCACUAAUCAAGGCACUCUAUUCAAACUCACGUAGUCGUGUAAGGGCUUAUGGGGAAUUGUCAUCUGAAUUGGUAACAACCAGUGGUGUUCGACAGGGAUGUCCACUUUCCCCAUUUCUGUUUAACUUCAUCAUAGAUAUGCUAAUGGAAGUAUCCUUAACUGAACGUAGUGACUUAGGAAUCGACUUGUUACCAGGGAAUAAUCUAAUGGACUUAGAAUAUGCAGAUGACAUAGUCCUGUUAGGGGAGGAUGCUGACAAAAUACAGCAGAGUCUUCUGAACACCUUGAGCAGCAAUCUUCGUAUGUUUGGCAUGCGAUUCGCCCCUGCAAAAUGUAAGAUGCUGCUACAGGACUGGACCACGUCAACCCCUAACUUAGUGAUAGGGAGGGAAGUGAUAGAACAUGUUGACCACUUCACCUACUUGGGAAGUUGUAUUAGCACCAACGGACUGAUUGGCGAUGAAACCUCAGCACGGAUCCGAAAAGCUCGAGCUGCUUUCGCUGACUUACACCAUCUCUGGCGUAGGCGUGACAUCCGGUUAUCAACCAAGGGACGUGUGUACUGCUCAGCAGUUCGCUCCGUCCUUCUCUAUGGCUCUGAAACAUGGCCAAUACGCGUUGAAGACAUGAAAAGGUUGACUGCUUUCGAUCAUAGAUGUCUGCGAUCUCUGUCUCACGUUAGGUGGUUUAAUAAGGUAAGUAAUGUUGACGUUAGGCGUAGAGUGUUGGGCAAAGAGGGAAAAUCAAUCGACGAGGUUAUAAAGUUACAUAGACUAAGAUGGCUAGGUCACGUGGUGCGCAUGCCUAACCACCGCCUCCCCCGACGGGCAUUGUUAGCUGAUAUAGGUUCAGGUUGGAAAAGAGCCAGUGGUAGCCAAACAAAAACAUGGCAUCAAUCCAUGAAAUCCUUGACAGUUAAACUGAGUCAGGUAGGGAGAUGCAGACUCCCGGGUUGGGGCCCUCGCGACUCUAGGAAUCAAUGGCUGGAGACAAUAGGUGACAUGGCUCAAAAUCGUUGUCAAUGGCGCAGAUGUAUUCAAUCUCUGUAAUCUUUCAUAUUCCUUUCUACCAUUACCCAUUCUGUUUCACUCUUAUAUUUGUCAAACUCUAUUAAUUCUCUUCACUCAUCUUCUUGUCUACCUCUGUGGGCUAUUUGGAACGUGGCAACUCGAACUGCUGCACUUCGGUGCCAAGUUCUAUGUUGAAUCCAGACAGACAGAUAGGCAGGCAGACAGACAGAUAGACAGACAGACAGACAGACAGAC